AUGGAUCUCUCAUCCGACGAUUCGACUUUUCACAAGGAAGUUACCGCAAAUUACGUUGACGAAGCCCACAUCCAAGCAUUUGAAGACGCCCUCCGCAACGAUGUCUAUAUCAACGACAAUGAUGAGAUACAGUCGCAACCGCCUAACUCUCCUGCAUUGUCUGCUACAACGCACCGGGUUCGAAAGGUCUCUGCUUUGAGCGACUUUGCACCCAUCAACCAGCGAGUCUCCAAACGGCAGGAGUGGCUAUAUAUAUUGCUUCGAUGGCCCUUGCUGGGAUUCAUAUUUACCUUGAUUGCCAUCGAAUUCGGCUUCUACGUGCUCAUUCGCCAACUAGUCAACACCAAGGAGUGGUUCACCGCAUGGCGCGGACGGAAGGGGCAACUCCGAAAGCAGCUUAGGGCGGCACGAACCUAUGAGGAAUGGAAAGCUGCUGCUGCUGCCCUCGACGAAUAUCUGGAGUUCGACGAGUGGAAAGCCGUCGACGAGGAUCCCUAUUAUGACUGGAGACUUGUUCGCAAGGUUCGACGAUCCCUAAGGACAUUGCGCGAGAAGAAUGACGUCCGCGGCGUGCUAGGGGUUUUAGAGACAUCGAUCCGGACAAACUUCGCUGGUGUCGAGUCCGCAAGACUAUACAGUGAAACGUUCUACGGCACCAAAAACCUUGUCGAAUCCUAUAUCGAUGAACAAGAACGCGCGCUUGCCUACAUCCGAGAGUCAAAGGAUCUUUCCAACGAUGAAAAACGACGUUUCUUCAAGAGCGCCAACACUAACCUAGGCACCAGUGCCCUUUGUCUGUCGGGCGGUGCUAGCUUUGGAUAUUAUCACUUUGGAGUGGUCAAAGCUUUUCUUGACGCCGACCUCUUGCCGAGGGUCAUAACGGGUACUUCAGCUGGUGGUGUGGUGGCGGCUAUGGUUUGCACUCGUACAGACGACGAACUGAGGGCGCUUCUUCGUCCGGAACUUGCCGUCAAGCUUACGGCGUUCUCCGAGCCUUUUGGCGUGUGGGCCAAACGCCUGUGGCAGACGGGUGCCCGCUUUGACGCCAUUCACUGGGCGCGGCAGUGCUCGUUCUUCACAAGAGGUUCCAUGACUUUCAAGGAAGCGUAUAUGCGGACAGGAAGGGUAUUGAACAUUUCGGUUGUUCCUGCGGAUCGACAUUCUCCUACGAAGUUGCUGAACUAUCUUACCACCCCGGACACUGUGAUCUGGAGCGCGUUGCUUGCCUCCGCAGCCGUUCCAGGGAUAUUGAACCCCGUCGUUAUCAUGCAGAAGCUGAAGGAUGGGCGUAUCGUGCCAUGGAACUGGGGCAGUAAGUUUAAGGACGGAUCGUUAAGAGUGGACAUACCCCUCCAAGCUCUGAAUCUAUACUUCAACGUGACUCAUCCCGUAGUUUCGCAAGUCAAUCCUCAUGUGCACCUCUUCUUCUUCGCCCCUCGAGGUUCAGCUGGCAAACCCGUGGCUCAUGGAAAAGGAAAAGGCUGGCGCGGAAAUUACUUGCUAUCCGCAGCAGAACAGUGGCUGAAACUCGAAUUGACGAAGAACUUUAAGGUUAUCCGAGAUUUGGAGCUCUUGCCGCAGUUACUAGGGCAGGAUUGGUCAAGUGUGUUCCUCCAACGCUUUGAUGGGACAGUGACCAUAUGGCCAAGAGCUCGAUUCACAGACUUUUUCAGAAUUCUCAGCGACCCCGACCCGGUGAACUUGAAGAGAAUGAUGGCUCAAGGCGAGGCUGUGACAUGGCCCAAGCUCCAUAUGAUUGAAAACCGAUACCGGCUGGAAAAGCAGAUAUACUUGGGCAGGCAAGCAGUGCGCAGAUCGGCGCAGGCUCGGGAUCGUGCAACUCCUGAAUCCUCGACUCGGGUCGACCAGACGCCUGAGAUGCUCUCCGCCGAAGCAUUGUCAGCCAUACCGAUGAAGGAACCGCCACUAUCUCUGGAUACAGAUGCAGAGGCUGAAUUGGCAAAAGGAGCCGAGCAUUACUACAAAAGCACCAGGCUCCUACGAAAGCUGGCCCACACACACAGUGUUGCACCUUUUCUUCCCAACGGCAAGCAGUCGGUCGAUGAAGUCCGGGAUCCGGCCCCGAACGGCAGGAAUGUUACUAGGCGGAAGGCUGUCGCUGGGCUCUUCAGCAGUCCCCAUAGCAGAGAGAAUGAAAACGGCUUUGGGAGUGCUGCUGCACACAAAGCAGCGAAUGCACCGACUCCAGAUCCUCCUCCAGAAGGCGUAACAGCUCCUGCACCUCGGCCUUCUACGCCGCCUGCUGGCGGCACUCUGUUGCGUCGUCUGCGGACCACGUCGUUCCCUUCGUUUUCCCCCUUCUCCUCAGUCAAGGGCAAGGGCAAGGAACGCGCGACGCCAGUCAACGGCAAUAGGAGCCCACCCGAAGAACAGUGGAACGAUGAUAGCUCUUCGGAAGACGAUGGAACGUUGGAGGAUGUGCGAAGGCAUGUCUCCGCAGCAGAAGCAGCACAACAUCUAGCUCCGGGUGAGGAAGGCGAUGAAGGCUUUUAA